ACCCGGAAGUUGUCCCUGUGGGAAACACAGCCACUGUGUAGAGUUCCGCGCAGCUUUAGUUCCGAGGCCAGCAAAGUGAAAACUCGGCCUGCCCUUUUUUAUUGUGACCCGGGCGCGGAGAUGAUUCCCAUGCCGGUGGUGGUCUGCGUGCUGGGCGGAUGGUGCGCCGUUUACCUGGCCGACACGGCGCUGAAGUCAUCCUCCUCCCUAAAGGCAUCUUAUGAGGAUUGGCUCACAUACUAUGGGCUGACUGUGUCUCCAUUCCACAUGCGAUGGCAGACAGCUCUUUUCAACCGGCUCUUCUACAGCUGGGGAAGAUGGAAGCCCCAUUUGCUUUACCUAUGGUUUAACAUGGGAAUGAUUUUUGGCAUAGCUGCUAUGUUUGGUUCUGUUAUUCUCCUGGGGAAGACACUGCUGCAGACUCUCUCGCAGAUGUUAUCUGAAUCUCCUGCAGGUCAGAAUGAUCAAAUGCUGCAGGUUGUGGUGCCUGGUGUAAAUCUUCCCAUCAGCCAGCUGUCCUAUUUCUUCACAGCCAUCCUCAUCAGUGGUGUCAUACAUGAAGUUGGCCAUGGGGUGGCAGCUAUUCGAGAACAGGUUCGGUUCAAUGGCUUUGGAAUUUUUAUAUUUAUUGUUUAUCCUGGGGCAUUUGUUGAUCUCUUCACCACCCACUUGCAACUAAUUUCUCCAGUCCAGCAGCUUAGAAUAUUUUGUGCAGGAGUUUGGCAUAACUUCGUGCUUGGAGUUGCAGGCCUUGUGGUUCUCUUCUUACUGCCAGCUAUUCUUUUUCCAUUGUAUUACACUAAUGCAGGGGCUCUUGUCACUGAAGUCGCAGAGGACUCUCCUGCUAAUGGACCCAGAGGUCUUUUUGUUGGUGACCUUGUGACUAGUCUGCAAGACUGCCCAGUUAAUAGUGUGGAGGACUGGAAUUCCUGCCUGGGAAAGAUCUCUGUAAAGCCACAGACAGGCUAUUGCAUAAAGACAUCAGUACUACAACAACUGAGCUACCCAUCUAGAGGUUUUAAAAGACUUGAUGACACCAUUGAAUGUUGUAACAACAACAGCCUCACAGAUGUCUGCUUUUCAUACAUUAAUAAUCUGAAUAGUCAUCAGUAUGCUUGCCUACCAGCCCGGAAAGCUAUCGAGGCCAGUCAACUUUGCCGGACUAAUGUGGAUUGCCGGAAGGAUUUUGUCCCAAGUUUGUGUGUGACACCUUCUUUGGAAAAUCAAACGAGGUUCAUUCGGGUGAAACAUCCCCCACAGGUUGAUAUGUUGUUUGUUGGGCACCCACUGCAUCUUCAAUAUACAGUGAGCCUCAGCAGUUUUGUACCUCGACACAACUUUCUUAGUAUGGACUUGCCUGUGGUUGUGGAAACGUUUUGCAAGUAUCUGAUUUCACUCUCUGGAGCACUGGCCGUGAUUAAUGCAGUCCCUUGCUUUGCUUUGGAUGGUCAAUGGAUAUUGAACUCCUUCCUGGAAGCUACUCUUAGCACGCUGAUAGUUGAAAAACAAAACAGAGAGCUGGUUGGCUUCUUAAUUUUGCUUGCUGGCAGCACACUUUUGGCUGCCAACGUGGCACUCGGCCUCUGGGUCGUGACAGCACGAUAGCAUAUAGUGCAUUUAAACUACCUGGAAAACAGUUCUGCCUUCUAACAUCAUGUGUAUGUAAGCACACAUUCUGUAGGAACAGAAGUAGCUUCAAUCAAAUGAUAUUUCAAAAAAGAGAACUCUCCUGUGAACUGCAAGGAAUUCAAGACUCAAUAAGGUUUUUAAAAUGUAAAAACUGUAUUGAAAGAAGAGAACUAAGAGUAAAAUUUGAGUUGUGUAGAUUUCAAGCCAGCUCACUGUUCAGCACUGAAAUCUCGUGUAUAGAUGGGAAAGAACUUCCUGUAUAUUUUCAACUUAUGUUUUUGGAGGUGAAAACAGAUGGAUCUCAUCACCAUACAGAAUUAUUUUGCUUUUUAUCUGAUUGUAUCUCAGAUUAAAUUCUGAAAAUCAAUUUUAUCAAAUAAUUUCUGCUUUUAUGGGAAUUGUUAGGUUAGAUCAAAAUAUGCCACCUUUUAAAAGAAGCUCUGUGUUACUUCCAAAGUAUAUUUAAAGUUUUGCUUUCUUAACCAAUUAUAUUUUUACUUUUAAUUGUAUAUUUCAGACAGCUUUAUGGCCAAAAUGUUAUGCCUAAAGCACUUUAAUAUGUCCUAUGCCAAUUUGAGAAAAUGGUAAAGGGUAUGCUUAUAUGUGUUGUCGAAGGCUUUCAUGGCCGGACCUCACAACCUCAGAGAAUGCCUGCCAUAGAUGCAGGUGAAACGUCAGGAGAUACUGCUUCUGAAACAUGGCCAUGCAGCCUGAAAAACUUACAGCAACCCAGGUAUGCUUAUACUUUUAAAAUAAUUGGUUGGAAAUCUCCCAGAUUGUGUUGUAGUAUAGAAGCAGAACAUAAAUUUAAAUCUGAAGUAUAAAUAAUAAUUAUAAUAAUGUGUGCCAUUGUUAAUUUAUACUCAUUGUUAAAAUCUGUAUCAGAUGAAAAGCUACUGUUUUAUAUUUACAGAAAGUGUACAUAAUUUGGGCUGAUAUCCUAAUAACACUUAGUAGAGUAAGUUCCACUGAGCUCAAUGGGAUGUUCUUCUGAGUAGACAUGCUUAGGAUUACAUUACACAAUUAAUAUUUAACUGAACUCUUUUGUGACCAAUCUUACUUUUAGGGUUAAAGCCGAUAUAGAAUGAAUUUGUCCAAUUCCAUGGAAUGAUCUGAUGGUAGUGAAUGUGGAUAUAUAAUUAAAGACUUUCCCUAAACUAGGAUGCAAAAUACUUUUGUACAAAUAUUGCAUAUUGACAUUGCAGAAAUUGUAUAUGUCUUGUAUAUAUUGUGUGUGCGUGUUUGUAUGUUUAUAAUUAGUAUCAAUAGUUUUAAGGCUGAACAAAUGAUACUUGGAAGGCCUGAUUACCAAGGACACAGUCCAACAGUGUUAGAAGUAAUUUUGGCACACUGAUGUAUUUGUAGCUCUGAUUUAGAUCUAGUGCUGUCAGCCUGGGCACAAGAACAAAAUGCGGAAAAGGUAUGUUAUGUAUGAUCACUCUAAAGCAGGGUUUCUUAAACUUUUCAUUCACAACCCCUUUUUGGACUAGGAAAUUUUUAUGCAACCUUGGGUAUAUAGGUAUUUAAAACAGGUAUAAAAAUCAAAUUUUUACUGAGAACAAAUCAGCAUUUGCAAAGCUUGCUAAAAAGUACAUCUUUUUGUGGAGUACAGCUGAAGGGUUUAAUGCAGAGUCCGCUACAAAGACUGCAUGUUGUUACUAACAGGUUUGUGUAAAUGGGUGGUGUUCAGAAACCUUUUACGCUUGCCAAAUUUUCAGGAGCCCAACAUUAAGCUAAGGAGACCUCAUUUGGGGUGAGGACUCAAAGUUUAAGAAGCAGUGCUUUACAAGAACCUCUCAAGUAGUGUUUCUCAACCUAUGAGUCCCCAGGGGUUUUGGCCUACAACUCCCAGAAAUCCCAGCCAGUUUACCAGUUGUUAGGAUUUCUGUGAGUUGAAGGGCAAAACAUCUGAGGACCUACAGGUUGAGAACCACUGCUCUAAAUGAAUAUGUAAGUCCUUUGGGUAUGUAUGAAAGAAAGGCCAUUAACUGGAUAGUACUUUAUGUUUAAUAUUAGAACCAGGUGAACACCGCAAGCACUUUGUAAUUAUUUUUGAUACUGUUUGUGAUUUCUGGCUUGAUAAAGUUCAAUUACAUUUUUCUCCAAACUGUACAAAUAUAGAAGUAUGAAUCAUU